AUGUGGGUGUUGCUGUAUGCCUUCUUGUCCCUGCCGCUGCUGCUGUGGCUCUACCAGGAGUUGAGCACCUUCAGACGGAGGCAAGUGCUGAAAAGAUUCGCUGGGCCGAAACGAUUGCCCUUAGUGGGAAAUGCUCAUCAGAUGGGCAAAAAUCCAACAGAAAUACUCGAUCAGAUAUUUUCGUGGUGGCUCCAGUAUGAUAGGGAAAAUUACUGCUUCUGGAUAGGAUCUAAUCCGAACAUAAUGGUCACAAAGCCCAAGUUCCUUGAGUAUAUACUCAGCAGUAGGACGCUAAUAAAAAAAACAAUAAGCUAUGAGCUAAGCGAGCCAUGGGUGGGCUUGGGCCUGAUUACGAGCACGGGCAGCAAGUGGUUCAAGCAUCGAAAGAUGAUUACGCCCUCCUUCCACUUCAAUAUACUGCAGGACUUUCACAAGGUGAUGGACGAAUAUUCCAGCAAGUUCGUGGGACUGCUGAAGGGAGUGUCUGCUGGAGAUAGCAUAUUGGAUAUCCAAGAUCAUGUGGCCUACUUGACCCUAGAUGUAAUUUGCAGCACAUCCAUGGGAGUGUCGAUAAACGCAAUGGAGAACCGAACAUCGCAAAUUGCGCAGGCAUUCAGGGACAUUUGCGAAAACGUCAGCAUGAGAUCCUUCCAUGUGUGGAAGAGCAAUCAAACGCUCUAUCGAUUGGCCUCCGACUAUCCCGCUUACUGCAAGACGCUGAAGACUCUGCAUGAUUUUACCCACGACGUCAUCGAGAAGCGCGUCAAUGCCCACAAAGAGGGAACCGCUUCAAAGCGCCAGAUUGAUGAGUUCUCGGGCAAGAGUAUGGCUUUCCUGGAUACCUUACUCUCAGCAACAGUUGACGGUCGCCCUCUCACGACCCAAGAGCUGUACGAGGAAGUUUCCACAUUUAUAUUCGCUGGCCACGACACGACCACCUCGGGCAUAUCUUUUGCCGUCUAUUUGCUCUCCCGACACCAAGACGAGCAGCGAAAAUUGUACGAGGAACAGCGCGAGGUGAUGGGUGAUAAUGGGAUGGGUCGCGAUGCCACAUUCCAGGAAAUCUCUCAAAUGAAGUACUUGGAUCUGUUCAUCAAGGAGGCACAGCGUGUGUAUCCCAGUGUGCCAGUCAUCGGCCGCUACACCGAGACCGAUCAUGUCAUUGAUGGUAUACUUGUGCCAAAGGGCACAACCCUCAAUUUGGGACUAAUGAUGCUCGGCUACAACGAUCGCGUGUUCAAGGAUCCGCACAAGUUCCGGCCCGAGCGCUUUGAGGAGGAGAAACCUGGUCCCUUCGAGUAUGUGCCCUUUAGUGCCGGUCCCCGAAACUGCAUUGGGCAGAAAUUCGCUCUGCUGGAGAUCAAGACGGUUCUGUCCAAAAUUGUUAGGAACUUUGUGGUGCUACCCCCAGAGGAUGGACUGGAGUCCAGGGAUGGCUAUCUAAGCACUACCUUGGGCCUGCCCACAGCAGAGAGAAUCAAGAAGGAAGCCUAUCGCCAAAAAUACGAUCCAAUACUUGCCACCGCGUUAAUCCUCAAGUCCACAAAUGGUCUUAACAUUCGCUUGAGAGAGAGGAACUAGAUCAUAAGUUGUUGAAUAAAUAUUAGAAAGCAA